GGCGCAAUUCUGUCGACACGACAGUCAGUCUUCAUCGUCUCUCAUCGUAGAAAGACCAGUGUGAAGAGAUCCAAGCUUAUUUAUAUUUUUCUCAGUUGAAUUUUGGUGCAAUUUCCUCAAUUAAAUAAUCAUGCGUGAAGUAAUCUCAAUUCAUGUUGGUCAAGCCGGUGUCCAGAUGGGCAAUGCCUGCUGGGAGUUGUACUGCUUGGAGCACGGUAUCCAACCUGACGGACAGAUGCCAAGUGACAAGACCAUCGGAGGUGGUGACGAUUCCUUCAACACCUUUUUCAGUGAGACUGGUGCUGGUAAACACGUCCCCCGUGCUGUGUUCGUCGAUCUUGAGCCAACUGUCGUUGAUGAAGUUCGAACCGGUACAUAUCGUCAACUCUUCCACCCCGAGCAGCUCAUCACUGGCAAAGAAGACGCCGCCAACAACUACGCCAGAGGCCACUACACUGUAGGCAAGGAACACAUUGAUAUUGUACUGGACAGAGUUCGUAAAUUGGCAGAUCAGUGCACUGGUCUUCAGGGAUUCCUGAUAUUUCACAGCUUCGGUGGUGGUACAGGAUCUGGGUUCACAUCCCUUCUGAUGGAACGUCUGUCUGUUGAUUAUGGCAAGAAAUCAAAGCUAGAAUUUGCUGUCUACCCAGCACCACAGAUUGCAACUGCUGUCGUCGAGCCAUACAACUCUAUCUUGACAACCCAUACAACCCUCGAACACUCCGAUUGCGCCUUUAUGGUCGACAACGAAGCCAUCUACGAUAUUUGCCGACGAAACCUUGACAUAGAAAGACCAACAUACACCAACUUGAACCGUCUCAUCGGACAGAUUGUGUCCUCCAUCACUGCAUCCCUUCGAUUCGACGGUGCAUUGAAUGUGGACUUGACAGAGUUCCAGACCAACUUGGUACCCUAUCCACGUAUCCACUUUCCUCUCGCCACAUAUGCUCCCGUAAUCUCAGCCGAAAAGGCUUACCACGAACAGCUGACCGUCUCAGAGAUCACCAACUCUUGCUUCGAGCCAGCCAACCAGAUGGUGAAAUGUGAUCCACGUCAUGGCAAAUACAUGGCUUGUUGUCUGUUGUACCGUGGUGACGUCGUACCAAAGGAUGUCAAUGCAGCCAUUGCUACCAUCAAGACCAAGAGAACUAUCCAGUUUGUUGACUGGUGUCCAACUGGUUUCAAGGUAGGCAUCAACUACCAACCUCCAACGGUGGUACCAGGGGGUGACUUAGCCAAGGUACAACGUGCCGUGUGUAUGUUGAGCAACACCACAGCCAUCGCCGAGGCAUGGGCUCGUCUUGACCACAAGUUUGAUCUGAUGUACGCCAAGCGUGCUUUCGUACAUUGGUACGUUGGUGAAGGCAUGGAGGAAGGAGAGUUCUCUGAGGCUCGUGAAGAUUUGGCAGCUCUGGAGAAGGACUACGAAGAGGUUGGCGUUGAUUCUGCGGAUGACGCCGAAGAAGAUGAAAAUGAAGAAUAUUAAACUUCAGUUGCUAUAAUAGAUAACCAUAAACACAGUCAUUUUACUCUUUCCCUGAUUUCAAUUUUUUAUAGCCUAUUUAUAUAACCUAGUGCAUUUUUUUCGUUAUUUAAUGAAUAAAUAUUAUAAUAAUGUAUUUUACUGACCCUGUUUUAAAACCCUGUAUACCGUACAGUUCUUACAUUUGUUUAUGAUACGCGCGGUUUAAAAUUUGUUCUGAAUAGUACAAUGAAUCAUAAAAAAUUCGAAAAUUUUGAUAUCAUGUUUAUUAGGCAGAAAAGGUGUUUCUCCAAGCCUGACUGGCCAAAAAUAUCGAUAAAUUUAGCGCCAUGUUAUUUCAUUUAUUUUGUAAAUACAAUUCAUAAAUAUACAGAUACAAAUCAGAAAAUAUGAAAAAUACAACAGAAACAAGAAAAAUUAUACACCAACACGACAGGAUUACCAAAAAAAAAAAUUGAAUAAGGUUCUACUGUCCGUUGGCUCGCCAAAAAAAAGGGGAAAAAAGUCUUUUUACCAGCCAAUAUCUAUACAUGAAACCCAGCUGUCAAAAAUCCUGACCGACCUAACCUGACUUCAAAUAUUUAUAGUGCUUUGGGCAUCGCAUUUUAGUCUUUAACCAAUGAAUUUUACGGGUAUAAAUAACGGGUUUUGUGGUUUCUUUGAAUUAUUGUAUUUUUACGCGUGUUAUGGUUAUAUUCAAAUAUAAGCACAAUAAUCGUGUAAAUAGACUAGGACUCCAUCUACAGGCUGUUGCCGUUUCAAUAGCAGUUCAAUCGCCGUUUCUAUAACAAUCGAAAUAAAUGCCUGUUAAUCUGUA